GUCGAUUUGUCAAUACCAUCGGUUCCGAAAAAUGAGGAAAAAGAGACAGAAAAACAUGCAGUACCAUCAGCAGUAACACAGUCACCAAUGUCAUUACGAACACCAGGGAAAUGUCGAUCGAGCGUACGAAUGUCAUCGUUGUCCAGCUUACGGAUGUCACCGCUACAGCUAAUUGCUGCAGUAGCGAGCACCUGA